UGUCAGUCAAAUCACUGAUUUCGACGCUGAACGGGCUGCAUGGUUUCGCACAGGAAGAAAUGGUUUUGUUACAAACAAAAGUUCCGGAGCAGGACUUUUCAUAGGAACAUACCUUCAUGUUCAGAGUACUGUUUGUUUGUUUUUUAGAUCACGCCAGCGUGGAUAGCGUAUGUACCAACUAAGGAUGAAGAGUAGGGAGGCGAGGAAACGAGGAGAUGGGAUUUGAAGUGGUCUAGGCAAAUUAGAUCUUUUAAAUCGGCAACAUCACCGACCAGCAGAAAGAACGAGGUUGGAACCAUGAUUUAUAAACGAGAGCCGUAAGAAGCAAACAUUUUUAAGAGGUGUUGCUUCCCUUGUUGGAGUACGAGGAGGCAGCGGGGUUGCGCCUGGCUUCUGGAACGGCGGAUUUCGCUUGGACGCUGAUGAGGGAUCUGUUGUGUCAGGGCCGUGAGGAGGCCUGUUGUCCUUCAGUGAGCGACGUGUUCGGUCCAUUUUUCGCCGUUCAGAGAGCGCUGUAAACGACGGGUUGUUUUUGUUUUUUAAACGAAAGGUUUCCAGCCUCCUUUCAUCCCUGACAGUCCUUGUGGUUUGUAGGACCAGCCCUGUCAUCACUUCCUCCUACCUGGAAUACAAGUGGCAUCAUCUUGGCUUCAUCUUUAUCCUUCCUUCUGCAUCUUUUUUUGCCCCUGUCCCACCUCCAUGGUUCUCUUUUUAUAAUGUGUGGCUGGAUGACUUUCAAACUUUCAAGCAAAUUCUAAUUCUUAAGCAAGAGGCUACUGUACUGUUCGCACUUAAGUGUGUGUUAAAAUGGACUGGUGUCACAUGACAGGAUAUGAAUGACUGCUUACAGAAGCUUCAGCCACCAACACUUAAUGUUCAUUUCAGUGAUAGCUUGUGGAAACUCUCAAGUGCCUUGUCCUAAAUGUUGCCACCGCUCCAGAAGAUUUUUUUCAGUGGAAAUAUGAUCCAAGCAGUUCCCUUUAUUUUAUACUACAGUUGCACUGCUCCAAAUAUUCAAUUCUGAUGAAGAGUUGCCUCCACCUCUUCUUCCCUUUUCUCCUGUUACCUUUGCAUUUGUUUAAGCUAACGGUCGCUGGUCUUAUUUCUUGCUAUUCAUACUCUAUUUUCAUAAUUUCCACUUCCUUAUUUGUUUUCUUUUUUUGCAUCUGCUGUCCUUCCCCCUCACCCCCGUCCCUAGUCCCCCCCCCACACACACACACACCACCACCACCACCACACGUCCACCACCAUUAUCAUCACCAUCCUCACCUUUACAUCCCCACACUCACCACUUCCAGCACCAGCAUCACUAGCUAAUCACCUAACCCCCUAACUUCUCAUCCCCUCCCUUCACCUCCCUCUACUGUUACCAUGGCAACAGCUGCCACUGCCACUGCCUCUUCAUCAUCCUCAUCAUCACCUAGUGGCAGUGCCAGGGAACACCUGCUGGCGGUGCGUCGGCGCACUCCACAUACCCGACCCUACACGAUUGGGCCUGACGUCUGCAGCUUGUCAGUGCAGGAACCAAUUGGAGCCUCGACCUCGGCCUCCUCUACAAUGUCAUCAGGGAAUCAGCCAGAAACCGCAGGACUGGGGCUUCAGCGGGCCAAUAGUGACACAGACCUGGUGACUUCAGAAAGUCGGUCAUCGCUCACAGCUUCUACAUACCAGGUGACUCUGGGUCACAGCCAACUGGUGAUCUCCUGGGACAUAAAGGAGGAAGUUGAUGCAGCUGACUGGAUCGGCUUAUACCACAUUGAUGAGACCUGUGUGGCCAAUGUGUGGGAAUCCAAGAACCGUGGUGUGAACGGCACCCAGAGAGGACAGAUUGUGUGGAGACUGGAGCCAGGACCCUAUUUUAUGGAGCCCGAGACGAAGAUCUGCUUUAAAUAUUAUCAUGGUAUAAGUGGAGCAUUAAGAGCAACAACACCUUGUAUCACCGUCAAGAAUCCUGCAGUACCAGUGAGGGGUGAAGGCCAGGUGGAGGAGCAGUCAGAGUAUGAGCACUGUCGGAAACUUGUCAGCUUCACCCUGUCAGACUUCCGAGCAGUGAACCUAAAGAAAGGGAUGUUCUUCAACCCGGACCCCUACCUGAAAAUGUCGAUCCAGCCCGGGAAGAGGAGCGGCCUCCCUAAGUUUACCCACCAUGGCCAGGAGAGACGCUCCUCCAUCAUAUCCAACACUAUCAACCCUGUGUGGCAUGGGGAGAAAUAUACAUUUGUGGCUUUGAUAACUGAUGUGCUGGAGAUUGAGGUGAAGGACAAGUUUGCCAAGAGCCGGCCAAUCAUCAAGCGCUUCCUGGGCCAGCUGAUCAUCCCCAUCCAGAGACUUCUGGAAUGGCCAGCUGCUGAUGAUCAGACAGUCAGCUACAGCCUGUGUCAUCGUCUUCCUAUGGACCAUGUGAGCGGGCAGCUUAUGUUCAGAGUGGACAUCACUUCAGCUGGACAAGAAGAAGCUUCGCCAGACCCUACGGGAACGAUCCUGGGUGGUUUAAUGAAUGGUGACCCUGGGAGUCCCUCUGACGACGAAGAUCUCCAUCAGCUCUCCUCGUCUUUAGGUGCUACAUGUGGACCUUCUCGCAUGGGUUCUGAUGAGGGCUCCUUAUAUGUUAAUGGUUCAUGUUACUAUGGCGAUGACGGUGUGUGGCAGGAGCCUGGGCAAGUGGGAGAGGUGAAUCUGCUUCCUGUGGCUCUUGGCAGCUUCACCCAAAGGCAGGUGUCACUUAAUGACUACCUAGAUUCCCUCGAAGGUCCCAGGAGCAUUGGGGACCGACCUGCUGCAGGGCCAUUACCAAAGCUCAGCUCCAGCUUUCCCACAGACACACGGCUCAGUGCCAUGCUACACAUUGACUCAGAUGAGGACGAGGAAGGAGCUGGGCAGCACUGGGAUCAAUCGCUGGAAACAAAGACACAGCAGAAAACCAACUCAGCUACACCUGAGUCUUCACAGGGGAGCAGUGGUUCAAAAGGCGAGUCACAUGGCUCAUGUGAGGCAGGGCCUGGAGUUCAGGCCACAGGAGAGGCAGGUUCUUCUGCUGGUGCUCAGUCUGGAGCCAACACUGCAGGGCCUGAAGCUGGAGCAGGAGCACAAGAAGGUGCUGCUGCACUCCCAAUACAGACACGACAAUCAGCAGAUAGAAUAGAAGAAGCUGCCAGAGCAAUGGCUACACAGUUUAUUGGGGAAACUGCCACAGCUUCCAACUCAUCUCAGGUAUCAAGGGCUGAGGCAGCUGAAGUCAGAUCUGGAGAAUCUCCAGGGGAAUGUCCAAGUCAGGAGCACAGCAUCAGGAUGGGGAAAAACCCAGAAGUACACUGCAAUCCCUCACUUGGUCCUCUUUCACCCAUUCAGGAAGUGAGAACAAAAAAAGCAGUUGUUCCAAAGGCAGAUGAGGAACCGGGGGAGUCAUUAAGCAGUGAGGCAAAUGGGCCAGCACCACCUUCGCUAUCCACCUGCACGCCUGAGCAAGGAAGAAACAUGACAUCUAAAGCUGGUGCCACAGCACAGGUCAAUGGCCACCAGUCUGUUCACUCCCUGCCAUCUGUUCGCCAUGACAUCAGUCGCUACCAGAGAGUAGAUGAACCACUGCCCCCUGAUUGGGAGGCUCGCAUAGACAGCCAUGGUCGCAUCUUUUAUGUGGACCACGUGAACAGAACAACAACAUGGCAACGUCCAACCGCACCCCCAGCCCCACAAACUCUUCAGAGGUCUAACUCCAUACAGCAGAUGGAACAGCUAAAUCGCAGGUAUCAAAGUAUACGUAGGACAAUGACCAAUGACAGUAGACCAGAAGAGCAGCUACCCAAUGAGCUCUCAGCUGAUGAGACUGAUAUGCAGCCCUCAUUCCCAGAGCUACGUAGGGACAGCAAUUUGCCACAGUCCAGUCCCAGGUCUCGCCUAACCCUGCUGCUUCAGUCCCCUAGCGCCAAGUUCCUCACCAGCCCUGAAUUCUUCACUGUGCUGCAUUCCAACCCUAGUGGCUACCACAUGUUCACCACCAACACAUGUCUGAAACAUAUGAUCAGUAAGGUUCGUCGGGAUGCUCAUCACUUUGAGCGCUAUCAGCACAACAGGGACCUGGUGGCCUUCCUCAACAUGUUUGCUAACAAACAGCUGGAGCUGCCCAGGGGUUGGGAGAUGAAGCACGACCACACCGGCAAGCCUUUCUUUGUAGACCAUAACUGCCGUGCCACUACGUUCAUUGACCCUCGGCUGCCUCUCCAAAGCUCUCGGCCGCUGAGCCUCCUCGCUCACCGCCAACACCUGACUCGCCAGCGCAGCCACAGUGCUGGAGAGGUUACCACUCGGCGACUGAUGGCUGAGGACCCUCGUCAUGUUAGCCCACCUGUUCUUCCACGACCUUCCAGCACCUUCACAUCUGCCAACAGAGGGCCAUGCCAAGACUUAAUACCAGUGGCUUACAAUGAGAAGAUUGUGGCAUUUCUACGACAACCAAACAUCUUUGAGAUUUUGCAGGAGAGGCAGCCUGACUUUAACCGGAACCAUGCACUCAGGGAGAAAGUGCAGCUGAUCCGCACAGAUGGAGUGUCAGGAUUGGCCAGGCUGUCAGGAGCUGCUGACCUUGUCAUGUUGCUAAGUCUCUUUGAAGAAGAAGUGAUGUCCUAUGUGCCUCCUCAUGCCUUACUUCACCCCAGCUACUGCCAGUCACCUCGGGGGUCACCUGUCUCUUCCCCACAGAAUUCACCUGGCACUCAGAGAGCUAAUGCCAGAGCACCAGCACCCUACAAGAGAGACUUUGAGGCAAAACUGCGGAACUUCUACAGGAAACUGGAAACUAAGGGCUAUGGACAAGGACCAGGGAAGCUAAAACUGAUCAUUCGUCGUGACCAACUCCUGGAAGAUGCCUUCAACCAAAUUAUGUGUUACUCCCGGAAAGACCUACAGCGGAGCAAGCUUUAUGUUAGCUUUGUCGGGGAGGAGGGGUUGGACUACAGUGGGCCCUCAAGAGAAUUUUUCUUCUUGGUUUCCAGAGAACUGUUUAACCCUUAUUAUGGUCUGUUUGAGUACUCUGCCAAUGACACUUACACCGUUCAGAUCAGUCCCAUGUCUGCCUUCGUUGACAAUCACCAUGAGUGGUUCCGAUUCAGUGGUCGCAUUUUGGGAAUGGCUCUGAUCCAUCAGUACCUGCUGGAUGCCUUCUUCACCAGACCCUUCUAUAAAGGCCUACUUCGGAUUUCCUGUGACCUGAGUGAUUUGGAGUAUUUGGAUGAAGAGUUUCACCAGUCUCUUCAGUGGAUGAAGGACAACGACAUAGACGAUAUGCUGGACCUCUCCUUCACUGUCAAUGAAGAAGUUUUUGGACAGAUAACAGAAAGGGAGCUGAAGCCCGGUGGAGCCAACAUUCCUGUCUCAGAGAAGAACAAGAAGGAAUACAUUGAGCGCAUGGUAAAGUGGAGGAUAGAGAGAGGAGUGGUACACCAGACUGAAAGCUUGGUCAGAGGCUUCUAUGAGGUGGUGGAUGCCAGGUUGGUAUCUGUGUUUGAUGCCAGGGAACUGGAGCUGGUAAUUGCAGGCACUGCGGAAAUUGACUUAACAGACUGGAGGAACAACACUGAGUACAGAGGAGGUUACCAUGAUAACCACAUUGUGAUCCGGUGGUUCUGGGCAGCGGUGGAGAGAUUCAAUAAUGAGCAGAGAUUGCGGCUCCUACAGUUUGUGACUGGGACAUCCAGUAUUCCAUAUGAGGGUUUUGCUUCUCUGCGAGGCAGCAAUGGACCCCGUAGGUUCUGUGUGGAGAAGUGGGGUAAAGUCACCUCCCUACCCAGAGCUCACACCUGCUUCAACCGGCUGGACCUACCACCGUACCCAUCUUUCUCAGUGCUGUAUGAGAAGCUGCUGACUGCUGUGGAAGAGACCAGCACCUUUGGACUGGAAUGAGAUUCUCAUCUCCCCCAUAUCCCAGUUUACCCUGCGUCUGCCCCUGGAAGACUGCUGCUGAUAGUGAAGUUUAAUAGUCAGAUUUUGAAGUCCAAUUCCUCAUUUAAAUUUAUAAUAGAAUGUUUUGUUACAGGAUCUGACCUUUUGAAAUGUUUUGUGUACAAAGGUAAACCUUUUUUGUUGCACCUGCAUGUAUUUCACACCUACUUAAUAACUUGCUUUCACCUAUGUAACAUGACAAAUGAAGACCUGCACUCGCUUUAGGACUGACUGGAACUGCCAAGAUCUGACCAAUCAGAGGUCAAGGGCGCCUGAGUUUUUUUAUUUGGGGUGGGGGGGUUAAUAAAGGAGGUUAAAAUGGUUAGACCAAUUAAAGAACCUGCAGCCACUGCCUUCCCUGCGAAUGUUGACCUGAUUCUACUUCUUUAACUUAGUUUGGAUGGAUCUUGGAGGACUAUAAGGACCAUCCAAAACUAUGAGUCUCUACAAUGCACUUGUAAUACAGCAUGUUAUUGUGAUGUAGUAACUUCACUGUGUGUAGGUAGGUUGUGGAUUUAUUUAUUAAAAAACCUGAGGUAGACCUAAGGAAAUUUUGGUUUUGUUUUUUCAGUGGACUUUGUCCACAGCUAAUUCUGGAGUGUAGCCAGAAAUUUUUGGUAUUGCAGUUAUCUUGUUGUUUAACUCAUUUUCUAAUGAUGCAGGAGUGACAUGUGUGAUCUAAACUAACUAGCUAGCUUUACAGUGUAGAUUGUGAUAUCUCUGCCAGAUCUGGAUCAGUUGGCAAAAACAUAUUUGGUCAAAACUUGAGUUACUGUAUUGACAAGCAAUAUAUGAUCAUCAAUUUAUCAUUUUACUUUUACAACCCCAGUCUUCAAAACAUUAGGAUGCUAUGUAAAAUAUAAAUUAAGACAGAAAAUUUUGAGGAAAAAAAUGUCAAUUUGAAUUUAAUGGCAGAAACACAUCUCAUAAAAAUUAAGACAGGAUCAUGUCAUGUUUAUCGCUAUUUAGUGAGUCUUUGGAAAAGGAAUGUGAUCUCCUUGUCUGAUAUAGGAUUCUAGCUACUUAAGUCUUCUUUGUUGUGUUUUUCACUUCAUCAUGUAUCAAAUGUUUUCAACUGAUGAAAGACUUAGAUGUCAGACGGGCCAAUUAAGCACCUGGACCUUAUUCAGUCAUUCAGCAGUAAAAGCUCUGUAAUGGUAGAAGCAUGAACAUUACCCAUAAAAUCCAAUAUGAAGGAUUUAGUUAGUUCAUUCUCUUUUGUAUAUUCAGAUCGUCACUUAGGAUGCAAUAUAAAUUUAAGGAUGCACUGCACUACCACUUCCAGAAAAAAAAAAGUCUAAUCUUUAGUCCUGGACUUUGGUUUAUAUUAUUAUUUCAUGCACAGAAAAUUCAAGACUAAAAAGGAACCUAAAAGCAGUGCAUGAAAAAGCUGCCCUUAAUGAAACUAAAUAUUUCUGAUAUGGUAUGAGUAAUUUUGAUGUACUAUCAUGAAUGUUGACACAAGUUCUCUAAUUACUUACUUUACUUACUUUGAAUUUGUCUAAAUUCUCAUCACUUUUGACUGUCCCUUUAGUUUGGUGUCCCUUUAGGUGUCCCUUUAGGUGUCCCUUUAGUUCUGACUUAUUUUCUUGUAAUAUGAGUGUUGUGUAAACAUGCUUAAUUCUUCAUCUAUUUUCUUUUCUUGCUGAAAUGAGUGUCCCACUGGGUUUACACCACUGGUUGUGUGCCUGAAGUAACAACAUACAGACUGCUACUGUGCAGAGAGGUUUAUCUGUGUUAGAUGGCAUUCAACAGUGUAAAUUAUUUAGUGCACAGUUAUUUAUUUAGAACAUUGGAACCACUCCUGCUGCUUUAAGUAUUUGAAAUUGAUUUUGUCUUGGACCUACUGUUUUCCUUCUUUAUAUUUUUAGAGACUAAAGAUACAUUUCGGCAGGAAGCUGAGUAAAAUUUCAUGUACAAACUCACUUCACUUCAGAUACUUCUCGUACUGAAAACAGUUAUGUCAGUUUUCUCACUUGUCUGUCUGGCUAGAAUGUACCAAAGUUUUGAGCCUUAAGUGGCAACCACACAUCUGACAGCCAAUCAGUCUGUCCAGUCCACCUUACUUUAAUAUAUGAAUAUUUGUAAGCACUUCUCUUCUAAAAUAAAGUUUCAUCUCUAUAUAA